AACACCUGGACGUGCUAAUGAAUUCAUGGAGAAAAACCUGUCGCAGACUGAAAGAGAAUUCGGAUACUCCGAGCCGUACCAGAUGGUCUCUUAUCCGCUGCUUUGGACCCUGUUUCGCCCCGAAGAGGUAAUCAUUGCCCAAGGAGAUCAUUUCGACGAGUGCUACAUAGUGGAUUCUGUUGAGUACAUAGAUGAAGUCCAUUCAGGGACUGAGAAUGAUUUAACACCGCAUCUGAAGAUUAAUGCACGACGAUGGGACUACAAUGGAACUCGAUUCGGCAUUGCUGAGGAGAAGCUCAAGAUCAAGGAGUUUCCUACUGCAGUGGAGAUCGACACUUUAAAGGUAUAUCCGAUUCGUUUCCACAAGAAAGAGAGCACCGAAAUACUACAAAGAAGAUUGAUUGAAAGAGGGAGGAAGUGGAGGACGAUCCUGGAUAAAUCUCAUAAAUUUUAUGAUGCAUUGGCCUGGUCAGAGCCCCCGAAUCAACCAAGUCGCCCAAAUCAUGUGGAUCUUCUCGUCCCAGGCCAUGUUUCUGGGCGGAUCAUGCUGGAUUACGGAACCCACAAGCAAGCAGCCCCCCAACUGGCGACCAACUUGUCAACAUCUGGUGCGACAACAGAAAAGGACUACAAGUUUCAAUCUGUGGUCAAAAGCGACUCUGCAGAUGACACCAGCAUGGCGCGAAAAGCAAGUGAUAAAGAGGAUAGGUUUAUGUCUCACCUAAAUACUCCUUCAUACGAGAUCUCCGACGAACAAGCACUUCUCUGUCCUGCCCGAGUGAGAGGUUACUCGUUCUUGGAAAAGAUCUGGGGAUUCUUCUUGGUUGAUGAAGUGCAAGAGAUUGACUGGCAAACAAAUGCAUUUUAUAGCCUGGAGCUAGAUCCUAGGAUGAAAUCCGCGAUCCUCGCGAUGGUCUCAACGCAUCGACACAAUGACAAUUUUGAUGACAUCAUACCAGGUAAAGGGAAGGGAUUAGUGUUUCUCCUCUAUGGUCGACCGGGCCUGGGGAAGACCUUGACGGCAGAGGCUGUCGCUGAGCACACAAAGACCCCUCUGUACUCGAUCACGAGUGGUGAGCUGGGAACUGAGGUAGGACAGACAGACUACCAAUUGCGCACAAUCUUUGCCCGGGCAAAAGUCUGGGAUGCGAUUGUGUUGCUUGAUGAAGCAGAUGUCUUCCUCGCACAACGAAGUGCAACUGAUCUGAAGCGAAAUGCUUACGUCUCAGUAUUUCUUCGACUCAUCGAGUACCACAAAGGCAUCAUGUUUCUCACCACCAAUCGGCUUCAAGAUUUCGACGACGCUUUCCAGUCUCGAAUACACUUAACCAUUCGAUACGAAGCUCUCGACAAUAUCCGCCGUGCUAGCAUCUGGGGAAAUUUCCUCAAGAAAGUGAAACCAGGUUCUUGGGACGAGCAAGCGUUAGCACGUCUUGGGGCAGACUAUGAUUUGAACGGCCGAGAAAUCAAGAAUCUUCUGAGGACUGCUCUGGCGAUUUCCAGAUACGAGGAUGUCGAGCUCUCGGAAACUUUAAUCCGAAGAGUACUGGAUCUUUCGAAAGAGCAUCUCUUGGGAGAGGAUCGUUGAUUUGCACCUCGAAUGACAAGCAAGUGAUCGAAACGUAGGGAACAGCUUAACUUUCACUUCACUGGAAGCUGCUGCCCUGCUUUGCAUCCGAUCAUGGCGGGCACUUCAAUAGAAGUCCUAGACCUCAGACUGUAUCUUCUGUUUGCUAGGAUAAAGGGGUUGAGCCGGUAUAGUUUAAGGCGUUGAGAGCAAGACUGUGGCGCCUGAUUGUGGAUCUGGAAAAAUGAUACGUGCAUUAACAAUGCAUUCGAAGCACAGGAGUGAAUACUAUACAUAAAGGUUGUCAGGAUCAUUAUCUCAUUAUUGGAAGGUUGGGCAUCAGACGAAAAAAGAAGAAUACAAAUCAAACAAACCCCUCCCACGGAGUACCAACGACCCUCCCCUUUCCAUCAAACCUCACACCCUCCUCCCUCAACAAUCUCCUCUUCCUAUCAUCAUGCAGCCCCGCCUCUCCUUUCCUUCCCCAGCUGCCAUGGAACCCGCCUAAUCCGCCGCCAGUAGCUAAUACUCUGUGGCAAGGCACUUCUGGCGCAAAGGGAUUAUUCCUCAGUGCAUUGCCUACUGCUCGAGCUGACGAGGAGAGGUGUUUCGCCAUACAGCCAUAGGUUGUGAAUCGGCCUCGUGGGACUUGGCAGAGAGCUGUAAGAACUUUCUUCUGGAAAGCGGUCUUUUGUGAGAGGGCUAUUUUCUUGAGAUAGGGGGUUAGAUCUUCUUUCUGAAGGACAUUGGAGGUUGGCUCAAGGUUUGAAGCGACUGGCUCUAGCGAGAGUUCAAUCUUCUCCAGGGAAGAUGCCUUUCCAACAGACUUCGGAGAUUCCAAAUCUGAUUCUGAUAAUUUCUUCCUCUUUUUCGGCUCCGGUUCCGUGCUGUCCAGAUCAUUUACGCUACCCGAUUUCCUCUUCCCACCCCGCUUCACCUUUCCCCUAAGCUCCAAACUUCUAUCAUCAAGCUCCACCAAAUCUACAUCCCCGUCCAAGAUCUUCUGUCCAAGCUCAAUACUUUGUUCCAGCUGCUCGCGUGACAUGUUCUUGUACGCUGGACUUUUGAUUUUCUCCAUCCAAGGCUUAUCGACGCCGACGACGGAGUCGAGGAUGAUCCGCGCGAAACAGUGGUCGACGUGGACAGACCAGGUAGGCUAUGAGGUAUGAGUAAUUAUGGAAAGUGAAUGGAGUAAGCUAGGGACGAGGUACCUGAGAAGGUGAUUUAGAGGUCGCUGCUUUGGGCAGGGUUUGCUGGAACAUGUGCUUCCAGUCACUCUGUAGUUGUUCGAGUGAGGGUUGUUCGUUUGCCAUCGUGAGAAACUGGUGGAUGUGUGUAUGCGGUAUGAAUGCAGUCUGAGAUGUCUUUGGUCUCCUGAGAACGUGAUGUGGGAGAUCUAAGUAGUUCUGGGUGGCAAUUACAUCGGAAGGUGAUGAGGGUGGACGCGCCUUGCGGUUGACGCGACGGACGUGCUAGUCGCCGUUCGCGAAGUCAUGAGGUCACUUAUGGAUCAUGAAAUGACCAGUUCGCUUGGGAUAAUCUCGGGAAAAAAAACAUCACUAGCAAAGGGCAAGCAAAAAAAAAAGAAGUCGACGCUCAACCCAUACCCAACACCCAAACCACACAACGAGCGUAUUCCAAUACCGCCACACCACGGUGGGGGAUGAGCUGCAGAGUGAAACCUCCCUCACUCGAUUUCCCCCAUCGCUUAGAACCCCGCCAGCAUCGUGAGUUGCCUGCACGAGUGGGAAGUUACCGCAAUGUUCGGACUGGGCACUGUUGGUGAUUGCCUUGCGGCAGAAAUGGGUGGAGAAGAAUGGGAUACUGAUAUCUUCUUCGCCUUGUGACCAUUACAGCCAAUGAGAAAUUGGCUUAUUUGGAUAGAUAUAGCUGUCAGUCGUGUGGACCGUGAUUUAGCCGAAUUGGCACGUGAGAGCCUACUCAAAGUGCCGGCGGGCUUGGGGUGAGCAUUAGCUGUAGUGCUGGACCUGGGACUUGACUUCAGCUUAGCUCGCUUGCUAUUAACCACUUUUCAUUCAUUUACCACGAACGAACGAACAGGAAAGUUCACGUAUCGCUUACUUCAAUUCAAAUUCGGCGCUUACAGAUAGUCAGAUUUCAGGAGCAAAGAGAUCGUUAUAUUCAACAGUAAACUAUCAGAGAGCCAGCCGCGAGGCAUAACAUUUAAAUAAAGACCCGAAGAGCUUUUUCCUUCUUAGUUUGUUGUCCAUACAGACCCCAUAUUAUGACAUCAUGUGGCACUACUCCAAGUUCUUUCCAUCCACAUCACCAUAUAUCCAGCCAUUCCACAUAUUCGGAAUGCACUUUGACUUGUCGCCUGUAAAUGAGAGUACUGGAGAUAACCGAGACGACAAUAACAAAUACGCCUUCAUGUAAAUGUUUGGAUGAAAAUCAGAGACUGUAAGAAGUAGAAUACAUGGUUUGAAGAAAAACACCCCGCAUGAAGUCUGGAAAAGAUUUGUAAAGCGUAAAAAAAGACUCGUUAAUUUCAUAGCCAGACAGCUGCCUUCUGGACAGCUCGGCUUAAUCCCAUACCACCGAAGAAUGCAAUAAAUUUGGAACUCUGUGAGGAAGAGUCACAUGGAUGAGAAGGAAGGGUAUCGAAUGUGAAGAAAAGUAUUCGAAGCUGAAAUGUAGAACAAAGACGUCUGUAAAUGUAGGAUGCAAAUAGAGAAUAUAGAUAAGAAUACGAGAGCAAAGUUUAGAUCAUCCCUCCGUCCAUGUUCAUUGUGGCCUUCACUUCUCUUGGGUGUCUCUCAGUUAUGUUCUGUUGCUGCAACCCAGGGGUUGCUGGGUUGCGGCCUGGGCUCCAGAGAGGGGGCACGCUUUCGUAUGGGCUUUGCAAGCCUUGCAGACUCUGCUCUGACUGCGGAGGGCUUCUGGUUCGGUCGAGAUUGGGCGAGGCUCCGUUCCUUCCACGACUGGCACUUCGAAGACGCUCGGCAGCUCGGUUAAAUCGUCCAGAGAUGCUAUUGUCGUUCUCACUGCGGCCACGGUUGUGGCUGAUGGAUGGAGUGCGUUGGAAUUGUUGCUGAGUUGUGGGGACUUCGAUGAUUGUUUGGUUGAUCUUAUCAUCGUCCUCAUCCAUCACAAUCUCGAUGACACCAGAUCCUUGGGAUACACCCGAUACCACAGAGUUCGUGUUAGGAUUGUUCGGACGAUAUAGUGGAGCAGGAGGAGGUGGAGGUGGCAUGGCUAGAUGUUGCAACUCCUUAAGAAUCGGUGGCGCGGGAGGAGGAGGCGGCGGCGGCGGUGUCAAAUUAUCAUUCGAAGGGUUGAGAGGUUGGCUAUUAGCUUCGAUUGUCUCGUCAAUACCGUUCAUGAUGCCUGGAACACCACUAGCAUAUGCUGGCCGGGAAUUCAGGGUCUCGUAUCCCAGAGUGCCAGGCUGAGAUUCACCGGGAGCAAUCUUGCGGGGCGACAGCAAUGGAGCUCGCGCGGUGUUUGGGUCCUGAGUCUUUCUUCUGCUGCUAGGUGGAAGAGCGGCGUGGAAAGCCGGGUGCAACGGGAGGGCAGCAGGCAGAGCCUUCGGUGAGAGCGGCUCUUCCGGGAUUGGAGCAGAAGCCGAGCGAGGCGGCAGUCUUCGAGGUGUCGCUUGGUAAGUGGUCUUUGGAAGAGGCGCAAGGUUCUCAAAUGCGCUGUUGUAAGUAAUGGCGUUCAGACUUCCCCACGACGGUGGUUGGGGCUGAUCGUAUCUUUCAGGAAUUUGAGGGACAUCUGGGAUGUCAUUUCCGUCAGGAUCGUACUUUGGAUGUCUCAUGGCUCGCGGAGUGGCUGGCAAACCAAUUUGCAUGGAUGCACGCUCACCAGACUCCUUCAGGUAGGCCGGAGAAGUUUGAAGAUUAGCCGGGGACGUUGUUUGGCUUCUAGAUGGCUGCAUUUGAGAAGGCUUGGGAGAUGGGUAAGUUGACGACCUGUUGAACUCUGGCGAUGGAGAAGGGCGAUAUUGCAUAGGCGACAACUGAGCGAGCUCUUCAGGAUGAACAAUCGGAGGUACGGACGGGCGUCGAACAAGGGAUUUGCGCCUUUCUUCCAAGUCACGAGCAGCUUGCUCCUUCUUCAGAGUACG